UAACUUCAGCACCUGGACAGCUACCCGCCUGGACGCGCAGCAUUUCAGAAGCGACGUCGUCAUGGCUUGAAAUACGCCUCGCGUUUUCUGUUAGUUGUCGUCCAAUGCUACGUGUUGCAUGAUAGUAUACGUGGAGCCGCUUUACUCCGACGCAAAGUAGAGAAGAGAAGAGGAGCGGCAUCGUCUCCAGUGCACAUAACGCCGUACAGAGCGGGACUCUCCGUUACUCCCCUCGCCUGUCUGCAGGGACAGUGCAGUCAGUGUUGGAAAGCGUUGGCACACGGAGAAAUUCCAGUGAAGAGACAGUUCUCGGCGUUGUGUUUUCCGUCGGCAGAGUGAAGCCAAGAUGCCGCGACUUCUUGGACCGAGGUUAACGCUAUUGCUGUGGAUUUUCAGCCGUAUCAGCAGCUUUGAUGCAGCCCUUCCAUCACCCCAGAAGUGUGAUGAGGCCUUGUCUACGCCGCUGCCCCACAACGCCUUUAGCAGCUCCUCCGUCUUCACCAGCGGCUACGCUCCUGGAUACGCCAAGCUCAACAAGAGAGGAGGGGCCGGCGGUUGGUCCCCACUCGACAGCGAUCAUUACCAGUGGCUCCAGGUGGACCUCGGGAUCAGGAGACAGGUGACCUCAGUGGCCACCCAGGGCAGGUACAGCAGCUCGGACUGGACCACGCGCUACAGACUCCUCUACAGCGACACAGGCCGCAACUGGAAACCAUACCACCAAGAUGGAAACAUAUGGGCAUUCACGGGAAACUCCAAUACAGAGAGUGUGGUCCGCCAUGAUCUGCAGCACACCAUUGUGGCUCGCUUCGUCCGCUUCGUGCCCCUGGACUGGAGCAUAGAGGGACGCAUCGGCCUGCGGAUCGAGAUCUACGGCUGUGCUUACUGGUCGGAUGUGAUUAACUUUGACGGCCAGGGGGUGAUCUCGUACCGCUUCAAGAUGAAGAAGAUGAAGAUCCUGAAGGACGUGAUCUCCCUGAAGUUCAAGACGUCGGAGAGUGAGGGCGUUAUCCUGCACGGCGAGGGGCAGCAGGGAGACUACAUCACCCUGGAGCUGCGGAGGGCCAGACUGCUGCUGCAGAUAAACCUGGGUAGCAAUCAGUACGGCUCGAUCCUUGGACACACGUCGGUGACGAGUGGGAGUCUCCUGGACGACCACCACUGGCACUCUGUGGUGAUUGAGCGCUACCGGAGGAAUGUGAAUUUCACACUGGACCAGCAUACGCAACACUUCCGCACCAACGGGGAGUUUGACCACCUCGACCUGGACUACGAGCUGAGUUUCGGCGGCAUGCCCUACUCUGGCAAGCCCAUCACCGGCGGUGGGAAGAACUUCAAAGGCUGCAUGGAGAGCAUCAACUACAACGGCGAGAACAUCACCGACCUUGCCAGGAGGAAGAAACUGGACGUGUCCAGCUUUCGUAAUCUCAGCUUCUCCUGCGUGGACUCCCACACGUUUCCCGUCUUCUUCAACGCCACCAGCUUCCUGCAGCUGCCCGGGCGGCGGGAGCACAACAUGGUGUCUGUGGGGUUCCAGUUCCGUACGUGGAACCCCAACGGCCUGCUGCUCUUCAGCCCGCUGGCCGACGGCCUGCUGGAGCUGGUCCUGAUCGAGGGCCGAGUCAGCGUCCACAUCAACGUGACGCAGAAGAAGAACACUCGAAUAGACGUCUCCUCAGGCUCUGCACUCAGUGAUGGAGAGUGGCACGACGUCCGGUUUUUGGCCAAAGAGAACUCCGUCAUGCUGACCAUCGACGGCGACGAGUCGUCGGCCGUGCGCACCAACACCCCAAUCCAGAUCACCACUGGAGGCUCCUACCACUUCGGAGGCUACUUCCAGCGCACCGACGUGUCCCCUACUCAGCGGGCCUUCCAGGGCUGCAUGCAGCUGAUCCACGUGGAUGACCAGCUGGCUGACCUGCACGCCGUGGAGCAGGGCAGGACGGGAACGUUCGAGAACGUCAGCCUGGACAUGUGCGCCAUCAUCGACAGGUGUAUGCCAAACCACUGUGAGCAUGGAGGCAGGUGUACACAGACCUGGGACAGCUUCAGCUGCACAUGUGACGGAACAGGAUACGUUGGAGCCACCUGCCACACUUCUGUGUAUGAGCAGUCUUGCGAGGCCUACAAACAUCUGGGAAAGACGUCAGAUGCCUACUGGAUCGAUCCGGACGGAAGUGGAUCACUCGGACCCUUCAAAGUGAUCUGCAACAUGACCGAGGACAAGGUGUGGACGACGGUGAUGAACAACCUCCCGCCCCAGACGUCGGUCACCGGCUCUAGCCGUGAGAGGCGCACUGUCCUGCAGCUCAACUACAGCGCCUCGAUGGAGCAGGUGACGGCCAUCACGGACAGCGCCGAGUACUGUGAGCAGCAUGUGGCGUACGCCUGCCGCACCUCCCGCCUCCUCAACACUCCAGAGGGGAUCCCGUACACAUGGUGGGUCGGCCGGGCCAAUGAGAAGCACUUUUACUGGGGUGGGUCCAGCCCUGGCAUCCAGAAGUGUGCCUGCGGGAUCGAGCGCAACUGCACUGACCCCAAGUACUACUGCAACUGCGACGCCGACCAGAAGCAGUGGCGCGAGGACUCUGGACUUCUGGCUUAUAAAGACCACUUACCUGUCAACCAAGUAGCGGUCGGGGACACAAAUCGACCCAGUUCCGAGGCUAAACUGACGGUGGGGCCUCUACGUUGCCAAGGAGACCGUAAUUACUGGAAUGCGGCAUCUUUCAACACGCCCUCAUCCUACCUUCACUUCUCCACCUUCCAAGGGGAGAUGAGUGCUGACAUCUCCUUCUAUUUCAAGACCUCUGCUCCCUACGGCGUGUUCCUGGAGAAUCUGGGUAACUCGGACUUCAUCCGGCUGGAACUCAAGUCCACCACCGUGGUGUCGUUCUCGUUCGACGUGGGCAACGGGCCGGUGGAGCUAAACGUGCACUCGCCGACGCCACUCAACGAUGACCAGUGGCACCGCGUGGUGGCCGAGCGCAACGUCAAGGAAGCCGUGCUGCAGCUGGACCAGCUGCAUAAAGAAACGAGGCCCGCGCCUGCCCAGGGACACACACGCCUCGAGCUGUACAGCCAGCUCUACGUGGGGAAGCCAGCAUCGUGGGCUUGUCAGGACAGUGCUGCCAGCGGACAGAGGGGCUUUCUGGGAUGCAUCCGUGCUCUGAGAAUGAACGGUGUGACCCUUGACCUGGAGGAGAGGGCAAAGGUCACGCCGGGGGUGAAGCCCGGCUGCUCGGGCCACUGCACCAGCUUCGGGAUGUACUGCCGAAACGGGGGCAAGUGUGUGGAGAAGUACAACGGCUACUCGUGCGACUGCUCCAGCACAGCGUACGACGGGCCCUUCUGCACCAAAGACAUCGGCGGCUUUUUUGAGGCCGGCACCCUGGUGAGGUACAACUUUGGGCCCGAGGCCGGGAGCUCCUCCUCUUCGUCGUCCUCCUCCUCCUCCUCCCAGAUGGUGGUGGAGGCGGCGUCCAGAGAGAGCAAUCUGACGCGCGAGGACCUGGCCUUCAGCUUCAGCACAACCAGCGCCCCCAGCCUGCUCGUCUACGUCAGCUCCCACACGCAGGACUACAUGGCCGUGGUGCUCCGGCAGAACGGCACCCUGCAACUGAGAUAUGACCUGGGUGGUAUGAAGGAGCCUUUCGUGGUGGAUGUUGACCAGCGUAACCUUGCCAACGGGCAGCCACAUACGGUCAACAUCAGCCGAUUGGAGAGGAGCGUCCAGGUCCAGUUGGAUCACUACCCCACGGUCAGCUACUCACUGCCUGAUUCAUCUGACACGGAGUUCAACCUGGUCAAGACCCUCUUCCUGGGGAAAAUCUUCGAAACUGGCAAGAUCGACCCGGUCCUGAUUGAGAAGUACAACACGCCGGGCUUCGUGGGCUGUCUGUCUCGAGUGCAGUUCAACAGCAUCGCUCCUCUGAAGGCAGCGUUGAGGUCUCACGAUCCCGCGCCCGUCUCCCACCUGGGCAAGCUUGUCGAGUCCAACUGCGGCGCGUCCCCCCUCACCAUCCCACCGAUGUCCGCCGCAACAGACCCCUGGCAUGUGGACGGAGGUCCUGGCUUCCCGUUUAACGAAGAGAGGGUCAUACCAGAUGCAGUCAACAGAAACUCUGCAAUAAUCGGAGGUAUCAUCGCCGUGGUGAUAUUCACUGUGCUCUGCACGUUGGUGUUCCUGAUUCGCUACAUGUUCCGCCAUAAGGGGACCUACCACACCAAUGAGGCAAAGGGGGCGGAGUCGUCCGAGUCCGCCGACGCAGCCAUCAUCGGAACCGAGCCGCCGUUCACAGAGACCAUUGAGGAGAGCAAGAAGGAAUGGUUCAUCUGAGGGAGUGCCGCAGACCGCGCCUGCCCGCACUAAGCGCCACUGGUCCUGCAUCGCUCUGAGUAGCCACACGUGACCGAGGGGAGGGUAGGGGGCUGGGAUCUCAUGCUGUUCUGCUCAGAGAUUCUGUACAUAGUGACUGGCUUGUCUCCGAUUUCUAUUGUGUUUGGGAAUUUGAGGACAUCUUUGAAUAUUUACUCUCUGGAUCAAUCAUGCCAUUUUUGUUUUGUACACUGAUCGGCCAAAUCCCGUCUUGCAGUGACUGAGACCCAUAAACGUGCUUUUGUUUUGUACACUGAUCGGCCAAAUCCCGUCUUGCAGUGACUGAGACCCAUAAACGUGCUUUUGUUUUGCUUUCAUUGCCCAUCCACUUUUUUACAUGUCUUCUUAAGCAUCCAAUUUUAUUUUGUUUUGAAAACUACUCCUGGAAAGACAAUGGCAAAUUGUCAGCGCAAAUGUUUAUCUUGGUUUAAAUUAUAUUAGGUACAGAAUGUUUCUUUUUGUAAACUGACAUUGGAUUGUAUCUCCACCAUUAUUUCAAUCUGUACUGAGAGGAACAAAAAAAUGGCACGCAGAGAACAUCUCGUGGAGCGUAGAGAGCGCGGAGAGGCGACACACUGCCAUGCUGCUUAGAGCAAGUCAGAUGUUAAACAUGUUGCAACUUUGCCAUCUACACUUGUGGUGCCAAACUCCCCAGUCUUAUGCGCUUACUUUGUGAAGCUCGUAGGAGUUUUGAAAAACCUCUGAACUUAAUACAUUCAAAAUGGAUAGUGAACAUGUGCUGUACGUUUGGCACUGGGUGCAGCUUAAGGAGACUCUGAAAUUGUCCACAAAUCAGAAUUUUAUGGAGUAAUAAUGUGUUAAAUGGCUUAAUCCAUUGUGCCUUGUGGAUUUAGCCACUUAGCCUUCUAGUUCAGCAGUAUUACACUAUACAGAAGUUAAAGCAAAGGGAGAAAUUCAUGAGUCUAAAGUAGUUUAAUUUCCAUGUAGGACAUUUUGUGUUUAUUUUUUUAUUUUCUUUUUGGUCAGUUGUGCUUCACUAGGCCCGCUCAUUGGCAUGACUCCAACUAUUUGAGUUUAGGUUUGAGGUUUUAGGGGUUUCUUUGUAUUAUUACAUUACAUGUUAACCGCAUCAUCAUAUUAUCAUUUCUGCCAUUAUAACACAGUGAUUUCAUCUGAUCACAAUGUCAUUUUUGUUUUCUCAUUUCUGUGGUCUCAUUGUCACAGGUUUUUUUUUGUGUAUUAUGGCAAAGUAUUAUGUUCCCCCUUCCCCAAGUGGUUGCAAACAAAGCACGACAUGUAAACAAGAGCACCACAUGUAAACAAGACCCUGCUGUCUGGACGAGUGAGCACAUCACCCCCCUGGAUGUGUUCACACACGAUAAAGCCACUUCUGUGCCUGCAAUGUGCAACGUCACCAGGAGAAACAGACUGGCAGCAAAAAAAAAAAAACUUGAGAAAGUCACGAUUGUCUAAAGCAAAGUAAGAAUGUGUUACAAUUUUAUUGCAUUUAUUUGAAUUAUGAACAAUUGUUGUUUUAAUCAUGACUUUUUGAGUUUUGUUGUUGUUGAUGUCGGAGGCAUUUCUGGGAAGACGUUGGCUAAAGGAAAGCAUCAGCAUGGGUUGGAUUUGAAGGUGAAGCAUCAGGUGAGACUUCUAAUGGUGAAAUGGAUUGUGCAAAAGUGACAAAACUCACACUGGCCUGGUGGCUUCUGUUCUAAAGGCAGAAUGGGUGAGAACCCAGAAUAAGAAUACGUCUCUUUUGCACAGUGAUGCGGUGUGUCGUGAGGUCUUGUAUGUUUAGUUCUCAGUGUGUAAAAGGCUCGAUUAGGUUUGACAUGUGCCUCACCUUCGUAUGCAUUUUCUUUUAUAUUCCUCCUAAGAAACAGUGAUGGUUUUCUUCUGACUCAUAUUUAUUCUCACAAUAUUCUCUACAUCCCUGCAAAUCACCCCCAAAAUGAAUAAAUAAUAAUCCACAAAAACGGCUGCACACCAACUUGAAGUGAUUCUCAAAAGACCUUGAUGCACCAUGGGAAAUGUAGUCAACAUGUGAACGUGGAACUAGCUGUUACAUUGAUUUUUGCUGACCAUGUUAGCAAUCACAUUUGCUUAGACCAGUGGAUCGUUUGUAGGCUAUGUUAAUGUGCUAAAAGUGUCAGUAAGUAUAUUAGUUAGUAUGAUUUACCACUAGCUGUCAUGAAGGAAUUGUUGCUAUGGAGCUGAAGAGUUUGGGGGGAAUGUAGCAAACGUAUUUGCAUGUCACAACAACCCGUUUGGUUUUAUCGGACAUUCCACUAUAAACUUUGUAUUAUCCUUACCAUCCCUCGGCAACAUGUCCUCACCAUCACAAAACAUAAACACACUGUAUACAGCUACAAUGAUAUUGUUUUGUACAGUGAUACUGUAGGUAAACCAUGCGUUUUGUUUCACAAUAAAUAUGAUAUAUAUAUAUUUUUAUGAAGAUAUUUUAUAGAUGACCUAGCCAUUGUCUGUGUUCCAUCCGUUUGUGAUUCAGGAGUGUGUUGGAUGUUGGCGAAGCUUGUUUUCCCAGUUAGUACUGAUGGAUGCCGUAUUACAUGUGUGUUUUGGUGGAGAAACAUAAACGCUUUGAGAACUGUGCUGUUGUAACAUUUUCCUUUUUUUUUGAUUGCCCGGUUCUAUUCGGUUCUAUUGAUCGCUAUCAGAACCAUAUUUUAAAGAUGAAACUCUUUAAAAAAGAGCAUUCUUUCUGGGCCUUGGUGUGACGGAGAUAAAGCCCAGAGAGACGGAGACAGUGUUCCCUUUUCACUUGCACUUCUAUAGAGGAAAACAUUUGUUUGUUUGUUUACCUGUCUGUUUUGUUUGUUUGCCUGUCUGUUUGUUUAUAUCAGUUGUCAUUCCAUUCCCAGAGCAUAAGACUAAAGGUCAGGCUACAUGAGAGUCUACUGUCCCAAUACGAUCUUCAGUGCUACAUAGUGAUAAACUUCACAUAAAGCUUGAAUAUACAGAAUAUAAAGCUUCUAUUCUUUUUACAUUCUACUCAUACAUUUUUAUGAUGAAAUGUAGCACAUUGCUCUCUUUGAGUUGAAGCAGCAUGGCCCAUUGUGUGUGAAUUGUAUAUACUGGUAAUGUAAACAGCUGUGGAAUAUCAUAUCUGUAUUUAUUAUUGGGGAUGUAUUUUUAAAAUAUUUGCUAUUAUGACAAGUUGGGGAAAUAACAGUUUAACACUUUUUUAUAUUUAGUGCAAUUCCGUUAUUGACUGGAUGUGUUUGAGUUUACUCUUCCAUGAUGUGAGGGACCUGAUUAAUGAAACAAGGGAAUUUAAUAUGCGUAUGUGCUUCUUUUUAUGAAAUGGGGUUCAAAUGUACUUAUGAACCUGUCACUGACAUUAUAUGACAUUGUUUGUGAGCUACUCUGAGGUGCUCAGAUGUGAGGUCUAUAGAUCAAAAGGAAGCACUGUCUCCUGAGGCGAGAUCUAAGGGUUGUGUCUGCAUCAUUCCACUUACAAUUACUUUUUGAUAACAUGUCAUCUGUCAAGCCUUAUUUGCAGUAUGUUUUGUGAUAUGGUAUAAAGUUACAACAUUAAAGAGCCUUGCCAUGA